CAGUACACACACACACUCUCUCUCUCUUCUCUUCUUAUUCCUUUCUUCCUGUUGCUCAUUCCAUUCCCAUACCUCCCUCUCUUCUAGCCCUUCCUUCGCACUAUCAUCCUUUUUCCUUCACUCUUCUUUGCUCUCGUCGUUGACCAAUCUCCUUCCGAACCCCUAACGCCGUUGUCUUCCAUUCCGUCAUGAAGUUUGGUAACAACCUUCAGAAUUCCAUCUACCCUCCAUGGGAGAACAACUAUGUCCAGUACAACGUCUUGAAGAAGCAGCUGGAGGCCGGUCUGUCAAAGCCAGCAGGAUGGACUGAGCGCGACGAGGGCACGUUUGGCGAGACCAUCGACAGCGACCUCACCAAGGUGUUCAACUUUGUGAAUGCAAAGUUCGAGGAGCUACAGGAGAGGACAACCCAAGCAGAAGUCAAGGUCGCGACAUUCCAGGAGGCCUACAACCAAAAGGCGAUUGAGACCUUGACCUCCAGUAUCUCUGAGAUCACAGACGAGGUCAACCAGCUCUCCAAGUACUGCAGAAUCAACUAUGCCGGGUUUCUCAAGAUCGUCAAGAAGCACGACAAAAAUGUGCCAUACAAGUUGAGACCCGUCUUCAUGGUCCAGCUCAAGUCGCGCGCCUUUUACAAUGUCAACUUUGAUUCACUGGUAGUGCGCCUUUCCAAGCUUUACCACUCUCUUGGAGCACAGUCCUUGCCCUUUGGCACGCCGUCCUUGCCCUUUGGCACGCCAUCCUUACCCUUUGGCACGCCGUCCCUGCCCUUUGGCACGCCCAUCACCCCCUCGAUACUCACAGCAAUGGCCGGCAAGGAGGGACUCGACCGCAAAUCCUUUAAAUUCUGGGUUCACCCAGAUAAUGUCAUGGAGGUCAAGACCACUGUCCUCAAGCAUCUGCCGGUCAUCCUUUAUACCCCACGUGGACCCAACACUGCAGAGUCGCUAGAUCCAUCGCUCUCCUCCGUCUACCUCGAUAACACUGCAUUUGAUCUGUAUAGCAGCAAGCUGGAGCGUCAGGAGGGUGCUCAGGCCAUUCGCCUGCGCUGGUAUGGAAGUCCCUCCAACAAUGAAAUCUAUGUCGAACGCAAGAUUCACCAUGAAAUCAACAAAUUUGGAGAGUAUCACGAUCGCUUUACCAUCAAGGAGAAAUACGUUGACGCCUUCUUGAAGGGAGAAUAUACAAUGGAUCGCCAGAUUGCCAAACUGCGAGAACAAGGAGUUAAGUCCCCCGCUGAAGUUGAACGGUUUGAGGAAAUGGUCAAGGACGUGCAAAGAUGUAUCGUGGACAUGAAGCUCAAGCCAGUCUUGAGAACUGUAUAUAACAGAACGGCAUUCCAGAUCCCAGGCGACAAGCGCGUCCGUCUCUCACUGGACACGGACCUUUGCAUGAUCCGCGAGGACAACCUGGACAACACAACUCGAUCCGGCAACCACUGGCGUCGCAUGGACAUUGAUUAUCCUAUGGGAACUAAGACAGCAUACGAACAGGAUAUGACGCGCUUCAACUAUGCAAUCCUGGAGGUCAAACUGGAGCUGCCUGCUGGCAAGUCUACGCCUGGAUGGGUCGAGGAACUCAUGAACAGCCAUUUGGUGGAGUCCGCAGAGACAUUCUCCAAGUAUGUCCAUGGUGUCGCCGUCCUGCUGGAAAGCCACGUGGCCCUUUUGCCCUUCUGGCUUGCUCAACUCGAGAAGGACUCUGUCCGCAACACUGAUUCUAUGCGGGGUCAGUUGGCCGUCAACACACCAUCGAUCAGCAGGGCCAACUCAACGGCAGACAUACACAGCAUCAAUAGCCGUCGCACCUCAAUUGCGUCCGGAUCCGAAUCCGACAACGGAGCCAGUACGCGAUCGCUGUCGAAGGGAAAGCAGAAGUCGAUGGAUAUUAUCGUUGACAAUCAAUACGGCCAGCAGAACGGCCAGUACAGUUCUCAUUCAAAACCUGCAUCUAAAGCCAGCAGUAUUGGCAAAAAGCCCUUUGGCUUUAAGGGACUUGGUGGCGUCUUCAGGAAAUCAAAGGGCAAGGAUUCGCGCGAGAGCAGCCCACUGCUCGGCCCCAGCGACCGUUACGACUCUGUUCCUCAGAUCAGAAUUAUUCCACCAAAGCCUAAGAAGGUCGUUGGACCACUGAAGGUCGAGGCCAAGGUCUUUUUCGCUAACGAGCGCACGUUCCUUAAAUGGAUGAACUUUGCUGUUCUAUUGGGAGCCCUCGGCGUGGGCCUCUUCAACGCAGGCGACAACAUUGGACGCUUUGCAGGGAUUAUCUUGGCAGUUACGGCUCUAAUUACCCUUGUUUACUCGAUCUGGCUAUAUGAGAAGCGACUGACUAUGCUUCGCAACAAGGAUCCAGGUCCAUAUGACGAGCCUGUGAUGCCGACGUUGAUGUGUGUCUGUAUGCUUACUGCCAUCUCCUUGAACUUCUAUCUUAAGUCGACCGUCAAGUCGAAGCCUUAAAAACUACAACUUGCAUUCUUUCUUCAUCGUCCUCCGACGUUGCCACCAAUUUUUUUAAUAAAAGAAAUCUGAAUCACAUGAUA